AUGGUAAUGGAGCCGAAGAAAACUAUUAGUCGAUCUAGAGUGUUUUUGUCACAGUUUUUAGCAUGUCUCGCACUGAACGUCCUACUGAUCGGACUGGGGAUGUCAAUCAGUUUUGUCACAAUGGUCGUUCCUGAGGUUCUCCAUGCUAAAGAAGGUCUAUCCUUAAAUGAGAGGCAAGCUUCCUGGUUCGGUAGCAUGGCAUUUCUGUGUCAACCAUUAGGAAGUGUAUUCUCUGGACCGCUGUUAGAUUACUUCGGGCGAAAAAAGGCUUUAAUCCUAGUGAAUAUACCGCAUUUAAUCGCAUGGCUACUUAUGUACUACGCUUGGGAUGUCCCUUCACUUUUUCUAGCCAAUGCACUAUUGGGAAUCGGAACAGGGAUUAUGGAAGCUCCUUCUGUUACCUAUGUUGGCGAAGUUAGUGAUCCAAUGCUGCGCGGGACCCUUACAACUCUAUCAAAUAGUUUUACAUCUACCGGAAUGUUCGUCGCUUAUUUGCUCGGUACCGUUGUUCCAUGGCGUCAAGCGGCACUUUUGUCGCUCACCGUACCUAUGGCGACAAUGGUACUCGUCUUGAUGGUUCCUGAAACACCAAUUUGGUUACUAUCAAAGGGUCGACAAAAAGAAGCAUUGCAGUCCCUAUGUCGUCUACGAGGCUGGGCUAAACCAGAAGACGUUCAAGAAGAAUUCAAUGAUCUUUUACAAUAUAACGAUAAUAUAUCCCACUGUGUUAUAUGUACUAGUGAAGGAAAACAAGAGACUGAGCAAUGUAUGCAUUCUAGUUACAAUAUUUUCAAAAGAAUAUCUUUGAAAUUCAAAUACAUUUUGUUUGCCAAAGAAACUAUGAGACCAUUUAGACUGGUUCUGGCAUAUUUCUUUUUCCAUACAAUGAGUGGCUUACACCCAGUUAAACCAAACAUGGUAAAUUUGUGUAAAGCACUGGGAAUGAAAUUUGAUCCAAAAGUAAUUGUGGUUGCUGUCGGUGUAGUUUUAAUAAUUACGAAUUUACUCGCAGCGGCUAUAGUUAAAUUUAUUGGAAAAAGAAAGCUUAUCCUUUCGUCAUUAUUUGCGACGGCUUGCUGUUCUGUUGCUUUGAGUGUUUACGCGGCAACCAAAAUACCUUCCAAUGUGUUUUCAUAUGAAGUUAAUACAUUUACUAAGGAAGCAGAACUUCUACCAUUAAUUGUGUUCAUGAUGCUCGUCACGUUCACGGGUUUGGGUAUACCUUGGAUAUUGCUUUCGGAAAUGUUUCCUUUUAAGAGUCGAGGUAUGGCGACUAGCUUAGCGGCUGCUUUUAACUAUCUCAUAGUCUUUUUAGGAUCAAAAACCAACUACAACCUUGAAGCCACUUUCCAUAUACGUGGAACGUUCGCAAUAUACGCUAUUAUAGGAUAUAUUGGAGUUGUUUUUCUGUACUUCUUUUUACCAGAAACUGAAAAUAAGACAUUAGUAGAAAUUGAGGAUUUCUAUAAGGGGAAUCAAAAGAUCUUUGCCGAUGAUUUCUUUAUAAACUCAAUUAGGAAAAAUAAAUUUAAAAACAAAAACGCUGAUAAGCCAAUGCUAGUCAACUGAGAUUAUUUUAUUAUUUUACUUUUACUUGCCAA